AUGUGCAGAAAACUGCUGGUAGCCCUCGAUUUCGAUCACACGGUCAUUGACAGUAAUUCAGACGUCGAAGUGCAACGUUUGGCGAGGGGCGGGGAAAUACCGACCGAAGUACGCAAACUAUACUCGACUCACUGCUGGACGAACUUCAUGCAGAAAGUGUUUGAAACGCUGCAUUGCCAGGGCAUCUCAGUCGACCAGUACAAACAGUGUCUCCAGUCGCAGAAAUUUGUACCGGGAAUGAAAGAACUUCUUGUGGAUGUCGGCCAGAAGAACAACAUUCAGAUGAUCAUUAUUUCUGACUCGAACAGCCUAUUCAUUGACUACAUUCUUAAGUUCCACAGCAUUAAUGAAACUGUAAGCGAAGUGUUCAGCAACCCGGCAUACUUCGAUGCGUCCGGCUGCCUGCGGAUCAGGUACUAUCAUCUGCAGAACGAUUGUCCGUAUAGCAGCAUGAAUCUUUGCAAGGGUCAGGUUUUGACUGAGUACUUAAACUCUAAACGCGACGACGGCCUAGUAUUCGAUUCUGUAAUUUACGUCGGAGACGGGAUGCAUGAUCUGUGCCCGGCGCUCAGACUCCGUGCUAGCGACCACGUGUUCGUUCGAAAAGGCUACGGUUUAGAAAAACUGAUAAGCGCUCCAGACAGGACUUUCAGCUUGACCGCUUCCGUUCACAUCUGGAAGACUGGUUUGGAAAUACUUUCGUUUAUCCGCAGUCUGAGCGAUCUGAAAGAAACCGUCUAA